AGGGGAAGUCAGAGGGCCCAGCCCCGCCGCACCUCAGCUCUCCCACAACCUUCCUCCAGGCCGGCCAGGGCUCUGGGUUCAGAGAGGGGCGGGGACGCAGCGGGCCACACAGCCCUGGGCAGAGAAGGGGACCUGCCCACUGGUCCCCCAGGUCUUCAGCUCCUGGAGCCUCCACGGGCCCCAGCCCCUGAUGCGCCGGGUCCGAGUGUCAGAGCGGGGCCACUGAGGCUCAAGAGCGUGCAGAGGCUCGGCUGGCACAGGACCAGGGCCCGGAGAAUGCCAGCUUGUCCUCCGCGGCCUUCGGGGACUGCUGACCCCCGGCACCCGGCCCUGGCCUGAGGAAGGACUCACAGGCCGCCCUGGUGGGGCCCACGCCCUCUGCACAUGAGGUCACGCGUUGACAGCUGGACUGGGGCCAGGUCACCCCCUCUCCUGAUCCCACAAUCCCGGGGCUCCCUGCUGCGGGGGGCCUGGGGGCUGAGGUGGUCCCGCAGGUCCAGGUGCAGCCUGGGGGGCUUCAGCCAGGGGCUCGGCCCCUGACCCCGCCCCCACCUGCUGCACCUUCUGGAAAGUCCCUCCUAGAGCCCUGGACUGGGUCCAGCUGGUCCCCAUUGCACAGAUGAGGAAACUGAGGCCGGGAGACAAGAACAGAGGCCCAGAGACGUUAGAUUACUGCCCCAAACCACACAGCCAGUUGGGACAGAGCUGGGGUGCAGAUCCUGGCCCGCUGGCGCCCCCACUGCAGCGCCCCCUCCAGAACCUCCUUCUGCUCUGGACUCUCCUGAACUGCGGUCUAGGGGGCAGUGCUCAGGGUCCCGGUGAGUGGACCCCCUGGGGUUCCUGGAGUCGCUGUUCCAGCUCUUGUGGGCGGGGCCUCUCUGUGCGUAGCCGGCACUGCAUCUGGUUUCCUGGGGAGGAGUCCUGCUGGGGAGACACCCAUGAGUACCGCCUCUGCCGUCUGCCGGACUGUCCCCUAGGAGCCAUUCCCUUCCGAGACCUCCAAUGUGCCCUCUACAAUGGCCACCCUGUCCUGGGCACCCAGAGGACUUACCAGUGGGUGCCCUUCUACGGUGCGCCCAACCAGUGCGACCUCAACUGCCUGGCCGAGGGGCACGCCUUCUACCACAGCUUCGGCCGCGUCCUGGACGGCACCCCCUGCAGCCCGGGCGCCCAGGGGCUCUGCGUGGCCGGCCGCUGCCUCAGCGCCGGCUGUGACGGUUUGCUGGGCUCGGACGCCCACGAAGACCACUGCGGCCGCUGCGGCGGCGCCAACGAGUCCUGUCUGUUGGUGCAGCGCGUGUUCCGAGACUCGGGUGCCUUCGCUGGGUACUGGAACGUGACCCUGAUCCCCGAGGGCGCCAGACACAUCCGCGUCACCCACCGGAGCCGCAACCACCUGGCGCUGCUAGGGGGCGACGGGCGCUACGUGCUCAACGGGAACUGGGCGGUCAGCCCACCCGGGACCUACGAGGCGGCGGGCACCCGUGUGGUCUACACCCGCGCUGCAGGGCCAGAGGAGAAGCUGCACGCGGCCGGGCCCACCUCCGAAGACCUGCUCCUGCAGGUCCUCCUGCAGGAGCCCAACCCCGGCAUCGAGUUCGAGUUCUGGCUCCCCCGGGAGCGCUACGGCCCCUUCCAGGCGCAGGCGCAGGCGCAGGCGCAGGCCCUGGGCUGGUCCCUGCGGCAGCAGCAGCCGCGGCAGGUGGAAGCGCAGCCCCCUGAACUGCCCGCAGCCCCAGCUACCACUGUCCCACGGAUCCCGACCCCCACCCCAGACGCCUGCGAACCCUGCCCGGACACUCGAGGUCGUGCCCACCGGCUGCUCCAUUAUUGCGGCAGUGACUUUGUGUUCAGAGCCCGAGUGCUGAGCCGCCUCCACCAGGCCCAGGAGACGCGCUAUGAGGUUCGGGUGCAGCUCAUCUAUAAGAACCGCUCGCCACUGCGGGCCCUCGAGUACGUGUGGGCCCCGGGUCGCUGCCCCUGCCCACGGCUGGACCUCCACCGCGAGUACCUGCUGGCCGCCCAGCGCCUCAUCAGCCCUGAUGGCACUCAGGACCGGCUACUGCUGCCCCACGCUGGCUAUGCCCGGAUCUGGAGCCCCGCCGAGGACAGCCGUGUGCGCCUGGCCUCCCGGCGCUGCCCUGUCUGAGCCCUGGGACCGGGGCCUGCCGUGUGCAGCGAGAAAGACAGGCCCGACCAGGCUCAGACUCAGCGUAUCUCCCCUCUUGGCCUGGCUUAGAAACCUCUCCCACCCACAGCUCUGUGACACCCCGUCACACGUGCACAGAUGUCCCUGCACGAUCCACUGCCGGGAGCAGGAGGCUCUGGUGAGGACAACUAGACUCUUAUUUCCUCUCUCACUCUGGCUGCUGGGAAACUCAGAGAUAUUUUACACUUGGAAACUUUGUGUCUGCUUUUAUUCCCUUUGCCUCACACUGGCUUUUUUAGAGACACUGUCACAAACAGGCAGGGCCGACAGAAGCGACCCUAACAAGACAUCUUGUAAGGUGUCUGUUUCCCCUCUUGCCCUGGCUACCAGAGAUGAUCUUGAGAGCGUCAGCAAUGCUGACUAGGCCUCCUUUCUUUUUAUUUCUUUUCUUUUUUUCCCAUCUUCUCUUCUCUCUGCUUUUAAUUUCUAAGUAAUCCCCACACCCAGCAUGGGGUCCGACCCCACCACCCGGAGAUCAAGAGUGGCUCAUUCCACUGACUGAGGCAGCCGUGUGCCCCUGGCUGGGUUUCUUUCAGGCCAGCACUGCUAUCCAUCCCUUCUUUAUUCCUACUUAAUUUUUACAGCAUUUUUAAAAAAGGUUUUAUUUAUUUAUUCACGAGAGACAGAGAGAGGGAGGUAGAGACGCAGGCAGCGGGAGAAGCAGGCUCAUGCAGGGACCCCAGUGUGGGACUAGAUCCUGAUCCCGGGUCUCCAGGAUUACGCCCUGGGCUGAAGGUGGCGCUAAACCACUGAGUCCCCGGGGUUGCCCUUUACAGCACUUUUUAAAAACAAGGGCACCCCGGGGGAGCAUCCGUGGCAGCAGGGUGGGGGGGAGCUGGCAGGCAGCCCCACACUCACGCUGUCACCGUGUGCACGUGUGCUCACAUGCACCCCAGCCUUCCUCCUCCUCCUGGCCCAGUGCGCCCUCCCCAGCCCCCUGGGGCCACACUUCGACAUCAGGCCAUCCAGCCCCCCCACCCCCAGCAGAGGAGACAGCUCAGAGCGCUCAGCCUGUCCCCUGUGCGCAUGUGUUCUCCCGGACAUAGUCUACUCUGUUCUCCUGGAGCAGGAGGGCAGACCUGGGCCAUGUGUGAAUUGGGGGCACCUGGACGCUGUCAUUCAGCAAACCUUCCCCUGGGGCCACCCUGGAAGGGUCACCCUUUUGCCUCCCCACCCCAUGCGAUUGUGUAUGAGGUCAUUUGCGACAGUCUGAACUUCUUUACCGUC